AUGCUUUUUUCGCGAGCGUAUCGGGACGUUAAGAAUAUGCUGGAAGCCAACCUGCUCCUCCGCUUCCUCAAGACGGACCGCUUCAAGAACGCGAGGAUGCGAAGAGAGAAUACGAAGGCCAUGAUGGACUCCCCGCCCCCACACGGGAGAGUACUUAGCUGGUUUCGAUAUUAG